CUUGACGAUGGUUGUGGUUCGGCGGGAACGUUUGCCCCAUGAGAAAACUAACUUCAUCCGACUGUUUCAACAGACGGUCUGCUAAUAAUGGCAGUCGGGCUACAUGGCUUCAUGACCCCUAAAACACUCAGCAUACUGAUUCUUGGUUUAUGUAUCACCAGGUUGGCAGGACAAUACAGACGAGCCCCAUUCUGUGUUAAUACUGAGCAGGAAGGUCCCAUGUCGUUUCUGUGGUCUGUCAAUAAGGAUCCGCCUUCAUAUUUCUUUGGUACGAUUCAUGUUCCUUACACGAGGGUAUGGGAUCACAUUCCCGCCAGUGCCAAACAUGCCUUCCAGCAAUCUGACAACGUGUUCUUUGAGUUAGAUUUGAUGGAUCCUUACACGUUUAGCGCUCUGAGUAACUGCCAACUACUUCCGCAGGGCAAGAAUUUGGUCGAUGUACUCCCGAAAGAACUGUAUAGACGAUUGAAAAGUCACUUAGAAUACGUGAAAGUCAUGUUACCCUCGUGGCUGACUGCAGACCAGAGAAAUCGGGGACUGUACGCAGAUUACGUUUUCAACAUGAUGACUUUUAAUUGGGAAAGGAAACGACCUGUGUGGGUGAUGCUCAUGGUGAACUCUUUAACUGAAAGUGACGUCAAGUCACGAGGAAUACCCGUGUUGGACCUUUAUCUUGCUCAGGAAGCUGAGAAGCUGAAUAAACGAACGGGCGCCGUGGAGCAUCCCGAAGAACAGUGUCUGCCGCUCAACGGCCUCAACUUCACUCAGGUAAUUUUUGCUUUAAAUCAGACUCUGUUUCAACACGAGAAUAUCCGGAGCGGAGAGGUUCAAGUGACGUACACGACGGAAGACUUAAUCAGACAUUACAAUUGUGGAGACUUAAACGCUGUAAUCUUCAACCACGACUCAACUUCCGUGCCAAAUCUUGUAAAUACAUCGCUGCUCUCAAGCGAUAUAUCUAUCGCCAAAGCUAUCGACGAUUAUUUUAAGAACGAACUGAUAUUUAAGCGGAAUAAGAGAAUGGCCGAGAGAGUUUCUGAAUUAUUGAACGUGUAUCCAGAUAAGAGUUUCUUCUUUGCGUUUGGCGCUGGUCAUUUUCUUGGUAAUGACACAAUUCUAGACUUCAUGAAAAGUCAAGGAUAUGAAAUUGAACAUAUUGGAGCCAAUGAGAAGUUAACACACAGGAACUAUGAUAGGAAAGAGAAAUACUGGCCGUGGCUCCAAGUAACUCACACAUCAGGAUUUAGCAGUGACUCCAAACUAAUGGAUACUGAGAGAGGUAAUGGUGCCAGCAGUUUUCAAACUUCCUACCAGGAUCAGCCACGACAGAGAAAAAAAGGCUUCCAGUCCGAGUUGCACAGAUCCAAUGUUCGAUUACUGCGAACAACACGUGCACCUUUCGCGAAGACUCCUCGCGGAAAGUUUAAAGACUUGUGGAUCAGGCUGGAUGCCAUGACAACCAGACCUCCAAAGAUACUACCUCAACAAGAACCUAGCAAUGAUGUACAAGGGGUGGAGAAGUCGUUACAUCUGUGGUACGGAUUCACCACUAGUGGCGCCACAAUAGCGCGUGAACUAGAGUUUCGUCAGUGUACGUUAGUGGUUCUUUUGGCUUGGUGGAUUUAUUGAAGAUUCGCGUGGACAAAUAAACUGGAAAGAUAUAUAUAUAUGUAGCUAAAGUACUUAAGUAUCAUUAUUUAAGGUAUUAGUGUAACUUAGAAAUAUGUUAAUUUAAAGUAACUACAGAUUGUUAGAGGGGAUUUCGGUUCUUCCAGUGUAAAAUUAUUGCUCAUCAUUACGAACAACGGGUUAAAGUAAGAGACUGGUGUAGCGUCACUGAUGGAAGAAUUAUAACGAUGUUCUAAGUUAUAAAAGAUAUAAUAUCGAGACUAUAAACACUUUCCAGUGCUUUUGGGGGUGAAUACGACGUUUAACAAAAUAUAUAUAAAACCUUCUCUUCUAAAAUGUAAGAAAAAUAUACUCUCAGAAACAGAUAAAACGUACCGAUUAAAAAAUCGGAAUUACAGUUUGAAAGACUACAAAAUAUUAGUAAAUCAGGUCUUUAAUAAAACUCUAAGUUGCUAGAUAUAUAACGACCAAUAACUGCUAGUUGUUUUGAUAAAAACGAUAUAAUAUUAUUACCAAAAGAAGACGCAUUGUGUACUAAAAAACUACAUCACAGAAGACAUGUUAUCAUAAAUGUAGACUAAAGGAAGACGUCGUGUUAACCUAAAUAAAACGAUGUCUAGUAGAAGACGAUAUCAUUAUUGAAUACGACAACGUAUUACCAAAAGAAGACGCAUUGUGUACUAAAAAACUACAUCACAGAAGACUUGUUAUCAUAAA